AUGCAUUCCACCACGACUGGAGGUAGCCCCUCCAAACUGCCGUUACCAGCGACGGCCGCGGCUGGUGGCACGAGUUCGAGCUCGAGGUACUCGCCUUCGGGCUUCUUGGACGGCGGCGCUUCCGGCGCGGUGACGGUGCGACGGCGAUGGAUCUUGCUCGUCGUCGCGUUGCUCGUCCUACUGGGAUUCCAUCAACUCGGUUCUUCUUCUACACACCAGCAAAUUGAUCCAGAUCGAAUACGGUUCAUCUCGCCUGAAGACAUACAGUCCAACAAAGCAACUAGCUCCAGCCUUUGGAACUUUUACGGCGCCCGACCGAAUCGGACUCCGUUCUCGUCGUCCUCCGCAGCGCGGGUCCAAGCCGUAGCCGCCGCCGCCUCGUCCGGUCCUCCGAAACGAAUCGCGCCGCCGCCGCCGUUCAACCUCCGAGCUUAUUCGGGUCCCGGAUCGCUUACCGAAUACCUCGAAGCCCACUUCCCUUUAUCCUCCACUUCCGACCCCCAACCUCAUCUCUGGUUAACGUUAGCCGAUUCGUUUUGGUCCACCAGCGGUGCAGCCGCGUUGAACGAGUUCGUCGAUCGUUUGAACCAGGACCGAUGGGUUGAGCAAGUUCGUUCGAAAGGUGGGGUGAGGCAAGCGAAGAAAAGUUUCAGGGAGACCGUCGUUUUGACGCUUUGUUUGGAUGAAAAAUGUGUCGAGAAUAUGGGGGAGAUGGAGAGGUAUGCGUUCGGUGGGUUUAUCCAUAAUCGACCGGACAAGGUUCGUUUAGGAUGUGCUUUGAGGGAGAGGGCGGGGAGAGAGGUACUGAGUUUUCUUCAUUGUCGUUUCGCAGAUCUUGUAAGAACCGAUUGAACCGACAAGUGUCAAAGCGAAUCUGAACUGACACCAGGGAUUCUACAUGCAGGGUCGCAACGUGGCCGAAACUUGCAGGUGAGCUACCCCUCUUCUGCCCCUGAGCCCUUCCAGACCCGAAAGUUCACUUCGUGACACUUCGCAGGUCUCAUUGAGGUGUUGAAACACCGGGAUGUCUUCUUUGUCGACUCGGACGUCUCGUUCAAACUGUAGGUCUGGACCUUCAUCGAUUUUCGUUCCCGCAACUGACGUGAUUCGCUUGCUUUCUAGGGACCCCUAUCCACACAUGGAGCCCUUCAUGGAAGAUUACGAUCUGAUCGCGCAAGAGAAUGAUUCGUGGGAUCAUUUCAACACAGGUGAGUCGUGCAGACGAUGAUGUAGUCGAAGGAACUUCUUCUGAUCCUCCCUGCACACACUUGCAGGCUGGUUCUGGAUGCGCAAGGGUGAAGUUUCGUCCGAGGCUUGGAAUGCGGUGCUCCAAAGGGAUUUGGUCAAGGUAUCGAGGGACCAGAACAACUUCAAUGAGGUGAGGAAUCGCUUGGAGGAGCUCUCGACCCGAUGUCGUACUGCGCUAAUCUAAUAAACGUCGCUCACAGAUCCUCGGUACCGCCGAACUGCGAGCGUGCGACCCCUCCCAAGGUCCCUGCAGCGGACGACGCCCGCUCAAGUCCUCCUUCAUCGCCAACAACGGUCUCCGCGUGCGCGUUCUCGACCCGGACCUCUUUCGUUCUUACCAUUUCGAGAACGAUGUCCCUUCCGCUUCUCGUCAUUCCUCCGUCUCCUUCCAUAUGACAUGUGGCGAUGAUGCACCGACCAAGGUGUAUUCCGCCAAAGCCCAAGGGUUCUGGGCCGACGUACCAAAAGGUUACUAUACGACUCCUUCUCGACUCGUUACGAUCGAUCCUUUAGUAGGAACGAAGGACGAACUCACCCAACUCGUCAAGAUCGUUUUGAUGGUUUCGAAAUAUACCCAACGGGCUUUCGAACCCCCUGCUUUCGCGGUCUUUACGGACCUUCAAGAACUCGAUUCGAUAGGGAGGGGUGUGAAACGAUCCAAGAGGAUCAAUUCGGCGUUUCCUUUACCUCAUCUCGAAGAGGCUUUGGGGGUGAGGAUCGUCGAGCCAACUUAUGCUAAGAAUGUGGUCAAAUUCUUGGUCGGUGGGGGGAGUACGAUCGAGAGGUCCGGUAUGACCGAUUACGAUCUUGGGUGGAGGGAAAGGGAGACGGUGGAGACGAGUUUGGGUUUAUUGGAGCAAGUGGAAUUGGGUCAGUUCUCUUCCUUACGAAUUCUCCUCAAGGAAAAACGACGAACUGAUAUCUCUCCCUUACCCCCCUCUCCCCCGCUUAGACAUGCGUCAAAUCACCUCCAUCCGCCACCUGCUCUCCACGCUCUCGACCGAACCUUUCCUCUCCUCGCCCACAAUCAAACUCAUGAACCACGACUGGCCCGAACGUAACCACUGGCAAGAUUGGACCCUUUCCAAAGCACUCGAUCACGUCGUCGCUUGUGAUCGAUUGGAGGAGAGGAUGAGUUGUGAUCGAAUUUGUAGGUUCAAGGAAGGGCAGAGGGGGAUUAGGGUGGAGGAAGGCUGGGAGGGAAGGGAGGUUUGGUUGCGAAUGAGCCGGGGUGUUAUGUAG